AUGGGCAGAGUGAAGCUAAAGAUAGAGAAACUACAUAACAUGAAUGCACGUCAAGCUACGUAUCACAAAAGGAAAAAUGGGAUCAUAAAAAAGGCUAAAGGGUUAUCCAUCUUAUGCGAUGUAGAUAUUGUGCUUCUCAUGUACUCUCCCUCAGGAUAUCCUUCUCUGUACACCGGAAAACACAGCAUUGGAGAAAUCAUUGCUAAGGUUGCUCAACUUCCUCCUCAAGAAAGGGCAAAGAGGAAGUUAGAAAAUCUUGAAGCAAGUAGUUUUUGUUUAGCUCUCUUUCUCUUCUCAUCUCCUAAACAAUCAUUAACACUACUUUUUUUUCUCAUAAUACUUCAGGCCCUGAAGAGAACAUUUAUGAAGCUUGACCAUGAUGUAAAUAUAUCAGAGUUUCUAGACAGAAGGUGUGUGUUAAUUAUCUUUCAGGUUCUAAGUGAAAAAGUCAGGUUUCUACAAACACACUUAUCAGAAAUAGACACAAGACUAAGCUAUUGGACCGAGGUCGAGAAGAUUGACAGCAUAGAUGAUUUGCAGCAACUAGAAAAUUCAGUAAGACAGUCUUUGUAUCAAAUCCGUGCUCAUAAGGAGAGUAUGAUGCAACAUCAGCAGCAGCAACUUAUGUCCACUGAAUGCAAAAAUCAGAUGCAGAGUGACAUAGAUAUAGAUUUUGGAAUGGAUAUGGAGCAGCAGCUUGAGAAUUUCUCAUGGAUUCGUACAGAUGAAAAUAUGAAUGUUCCUAUAAAACAAGAAGACCCAAAUCUGCAGUUUUAUCAUACGUACAGGGACAUAACUUGCUCUGCCAGUUCAUCGCUUGAAAGUUACUCAGGACUCUUUGGUAAAACCUCAGAUAUCAAAAUACCAAAGCUAGAAACCAGUGGCAUUCCGGGGACAUUGGUUGAUCCAAACCAGCAAUUUAGCAACCUCAGCUUCCUAAAUGAUCCAAAGCUUCAGCAGUUAGCUGAGUGGGAUCUUUUAGGAAGUCCUGCGGAUUACUACGUUAGCCAGAUCUUGGAAGCAUCUUAUAGGCCUCAGGUAGGAGGAAACUUGGCUUCUUCUGAGACGCUAACGUAUCCUCUGAUUUCACGGCAGCCAAACUUAUAAGCCGCUCCGGUAAAACUCAAAGUGUGGAUCCGAAAACGCGCCUUGUAUUUAGCAGUCACGAGAAUGCUGAAGAAGCUAGGAUUGAUACUUGAUAGGGAAACAAAAAAAAAAUACUAAAAAUAUAGAUGAUACCAUAUUAAGUUGCUUGUAACUCACGACAUUCUUCAAAAUGCAUAAUGAAAG